GGUCCUGCAUACUCUCUCUGCAAACGCCCCCAAACUCGAUCGAUAUUGGAACUGGCCAAGGUAACUGCAGAGCUGCAAAUAUUCUGUAAAGGAAUAUUAUCGAAAGUCUGCAUAUCUGCAUUCUUGUGCUAGAGUUUGAUGAUCUGCUAUUGCCCGAGACCUGAUCUUCUUCUGUUCUUGCGUGGAGAGUAUUAGAGGGGGGACCAAAAGGUUUGCAACGAUGGAUUCCUCGCCUGAGCUGUCGUCGCCUCCGCGUUCCAUAUCCGCUGAUGUUCCUUCGCCUGCCACCCGCCCAUCACGUCUAUCUAUAGACAACAAUCGUGGUGUUGCAGACAGUAAUAAUCCUCCCAACGCCGCCACAGACGCCCCUGUCAAGAAACGUCCUGGUUGCAAGAAGAAGGAAGCUGUCGUAAAAGACGAAACUCCAAAGGAAAAAAAGACACGCAAGCCGCGCACUCCCAAAGAUCCAAAUGCACCGGUGCAGUCUCGCAGGCGGAAGACUGGCUCCAAUGUUGCUGCUGUUGAUGCGAGCGAGAUCAAGGAAGAACAUGCAUCUGCUGCAUCAACAUCAUCACAUCCUCCUCCUGCUGCUGCAAAUCAGACCACGCCCCAGCCUCGCCAACAGCAAAUAGACCAGUAUUUGCCUAAUCACCAUUCUGCACAAUCCCAUCAACCCUCACAACACGACCAGCAGUCUCAGUACCACAGCGUUCCCCAGCAAUCAAGCUACACAUCGUCGUCGCAGGCUUCUUCGCGGGCGCAUCCGCAAAUACUGCACCCGCAGCAUCAGUCGCCAUCUCAAUAUUCAACGAGUGCACGCGUGUCAGAGCCGCUCCAGCAUCCCAGUGUGACGCAGUACUCUGCACCAGCUGCUGCCACUCAACCGCCUCGUCCAGCUUCCAGUGGCCAGCAUUUCGACCCUAUCCGAUCGUCCAACGUGGAAUUUAGCAGACCUAGCCACACUGCCAGUAGCAUACCUCCAAUCUCUCCUCCCACUCAGGUCGUCCACAGAGCUAGCGCGUCGCCUUCCAUUCACAGUCUUAUUGACCCCAACCCGACUGUGAACAAUGUCUCCCAAUCUAUGAAGUACACACCUCAAUCCAACAUUUCUGUCACUUCUGCGCCUGUUUCACCGCAAGCAAACAGUCGAUCUCACUUUGCAUCAGCCGCCACGGAGCCACCAAAAGCCACUCAGGUGGUGCCUGCGUCCAAUGCAAUGGAUAUUGACUCGGAGAAGGAUAACGUGGUUCGAAAGCCUGCUGCCAUGAAGAAGUCAGACUCGACUGGUGCCACCAAUUCUGCCGCGCCAACACCACCCACGAAACCUGCUCGAGCCAAAGAGCAACCACUACCCACUGGAAGUGGUCUGCUGUCAGGCACUCCGUUUGGCCCGGUCGCAUCUUCCAAUGGAACGAGUAACGGAGAUUCUCCUGCAGGGACCAACAUCUGGCUCACAUUUCCGCUUCAAGGCCAGAACAACGUGACCAUUAAUUUUGCUCGCGAGGUAGAGAAGAAAUACGGCUUCGCUGCCUUGCACCCAAAGAUUGCAGCACAAAAGGAAAGGAAACGACAGAUGGCCGCCGCUGGAGCUGCUCUAGAGAAGGCGUCCGGUGUCGCGUCCAACGACGACAUGUCACUGGAUCUGUCCGAGCCUGACAGCAAUGUCGAGAUGGGUGGCGUCGAUGGAGGUGAUGCAUCAGGAAUCAACGAAGAAGGAAAGCCAAGGAAGCGGAGAAAGAAGGUAGAAGACUACGACAAGGAGGACGAUUUCAUCGACGAUACAGAACUUGCCUGGGAGCGUCAAGCUCUCAUGGCCAAGGACGGUUUCUUCGUGUACAGCGGCCCACUUCUUACCGAAGGGGCAAAACCCACCAUAGAGAAGGCCGAUGGAACAGUCCGGCGUGGACGCGGCCGAGGACGCGGUGGUGCUACCAGAGGCGAUGGUACCACAGGUCGAGGCGGCGGACCCGGCAGUCGUGGAGGACGGGGUUCUCGCGGCGGCACGACCGUUCGUAAACCUCGCGUGACCAAAGCUGAACGUGCCUUGAUGGAGCAGGAGAAGCAGGAGCGAGAGAAAUUGGCAGCGAACAUUGCCGCCAAAUCUGCCUUGUCCUACCCCGGCACGGGCGUCAUGCAGUAAGUAAGAUAUACCCUGAGAGAGAGAGAGAGAGAGAUCUUUUGUUCGCGUGAAUAUUUGCAUUGGUAGCUCUUUGUUGAGGGUUGCCUACGACUAUAUAGAACAGGCGCGCACUGGUGUAAAAGUAGUAUAGGCGUCAUUCGCAUUUAUCUAGCUAGAGCUGCGUGCAGCCACGGA